AUGGCUUUUGAAAAACCAGCUAUUGUUCUUGAUAAUGGUAGUUACUAUAUUAAAGCUGGGUUUGCUUGCGACAAUCAUCCUGUUGCAAUAUUUAGAUCAAUGGUUGGGAGGCCAAAUUUCUCACAGAGAAGUCUCGCUCAAGAAUAUUAUGAUAUAUUUAUCGGAGACGAAGCUAUUGAGAAAAUAGAAGACUUGGAAUUAUGUCACCCAAUAGUCGAGGGAAGGAUUGUUCAUUGGGAUAAUAUGGAAAAAAUUUGGCAUCAUGUGUUUUAUAGAGAAUUAAAAGCGGCACCUGAAGACCGUGCUGUUAUUUCAGCAUGUGGUCCAACAGUAGAUAUUACAGAAAAAAUAAAAUGCUGUGAAAUAUUCUUUGAAACCCUUAAUUCUCCAGCUUUAUGUAUACAACCACAGUGUUCUUUGGCAAUGUAUGGUUCUGGAACAACCACUGGUCUAUGUGUAGAUAUCGGACACGACACUACAGAUAUAAUACCCAUUUUUGAGGGAGGAAUGAUGAAAUACGCUCACAUGAAAACAAACUUAGCAGGACUGCAAAUAGCAGAUUUCAUAAAAAAAAGUUUAUUGGAGCGCAAUGGUUCGCAAACAAUUAAGUCUCCGAGCACUUUAGAGGACAUUAUCAAAAAUUGUUUAUAUGUAACAAGGAACUGUGCUGUCACCAGAAAGCAAUAUUUCAAAAAGUACACAUUGCCUUGUGGUGAAGAAAUAGAUGUCAGUGAUGAGGCAUUUAUGGCAGCAGAACUAUUAUUUCAACCAGAUCUCGUUAAAGGAGAACCUACUAAUUUUUUACCGUUGCAUGAAGCUGUUAUUACAUCUGCUUUGAAAUGUGAUGAUGAGUUAAGGUUGGAAUUAUGGAAUAACAUAGUUCCAUGUGGUGGAUUGGCUACUAUUCCAGGGCUUAACGAAAGAUUGGAAGACGAGAUUGUUAAGCAGGUUGAUAAACCAAUCGCAAUUCUGUCUUCAUCAGAAGCAUAUGCUGUGGCUUGGUUAGGCGGAGCCACGUUUGCAGGGCUGGGUGAUGCCCAGAAAAUGUGGAUAUCCAAGAAACAAUUUGAAGAAUAUGGAGAAAGAAUUGUAAGAAAUAAAUUUUUAUAA